AUGCCACCCAAGGACGAUACGAAAAACAAAGAUGCUGGCAAGUUGGCCAAGGACAAAGAUCCCGUGAACAAGUCUGGGGGCAAAGCUAAGAAGAAGAAGUGGUCCAACGGAAAAGUUCGAGACAAGCUCAAGAAUCUGGUUCUGUUUGACAAAGCAACGUACAAUAAACUCUGCAAGGAGGUCCCCAACUAUAAACUUAUCACGCCUGCAGUAGUCUCAGAGGGAUUGAAGUUCAGUGGUUCUCUAGCCCAAGCAGCCCUCCAGGAACUGCUUAGUAAAGGUCUGAUCAAGCUGGUUUCCAAACACAGAGCACAAGUGAUGUACACCAGGAAUACCAAGGGUGAAGAUGCUCCCGUUGCUGAGGAUGCAUAA